AUGGAAGACCUGGCUCUACGAGCAGGCCCACAACCAGUGGACGGGGUUGACCCUGGUCGUAAUGUGGUGCGCCGUGCUCGAAGCACUCGUCCGGUGGGUCUCGUCGCUGCGUGCGAGUUGCGGCGCCACGGGCUGCACGUGCGCGUCGUGGAGCGGAAUUGCGCACCGUCGGAGCACUCCAAGGCGCUGGCGCUGCACGCGCGCACGCUCGAAAUUCUAUCCGCGCAUGACGGCGUCGUGGACGCUUUAAUUUCCGCGGGAACCAUAGUACAGGGAAUUGAGGUCCGAACAGACGGACACCUGGCAGCGUCGCUCUCUCUGUCCGAUUUAAAUGGCGGCCCCCCUGCCGGAGAUGAUGGCGGACGGCACGGCAGGGACCACGGCCUGGCGCGCCGCGAGGAGCAGUCCGCGGAUUGCGGGGAUGACUCACGGCCGAGCGUGUGGGCGACGCGGUUCCCGUUCGUGCUGAUGGUGCCGCAGAGUGACACGGAACGGAUUCUGGCGCGGUGCCUCAAGGACGUGUAUGGGACGGAUGUGGAGUGGCAGACGGAGCUUGUCAGAAUCCGUCAGGACCCGAGUGCAGUGCACGUGGAGCUACGGCAUGCGCAUGGUCGCACGAGGCAACCCCCCACCCCUGCCACUCCAUCCGACUCCGCAGCCACUGCCGCAGAGACUAGCACAGGGACUGCAACCACAGGAACCAGAGGAAUAGGGCGUGAGAUGGAGAGUGAGGGUUGGAGAACGGUGGAGGGGGUUGAGGUGGGGUGGGGCGAGGUGGAGGCGGCGGCGUUUGACCUGGUGUGUGCGUGUGACGGACCGCACAGCACGUGCCGCCGCCAGCUGGGGCUCUCCUUUGACGGGCUGCAGUACCCCAUGCACGCGCUCCUCGCUGAUGUGGCGCUUUCCCAUUGGCCGAUGUUUUCUCCCGCGGGCCUGAUUGAACAAACCGAGGCCCUCAGGCAAGGCAAGGGGAAGGCAGUGGAGAGAGGUGGGGCAGCAACCGGGGAAGUGGGGGAACAGGGGCUUGGGGCAGGGACAGGGAGGGGAGGUGACAAGAAUGAGACUCCAUAUGUGGAGAUCCCAUCUUCAUCCUCAGCAGAUGUAUCUCAGACCACAGAGGUCUCUCCAUCAGCACGAGACAUCCCAUCAGCAUCAACAGUAGAAACCCUCUCCACUGCAGAAGUCUCAUCCCCAGCACUCGUAUCUGAGACCGCCCAUCAUGGUCCGGCCGCCAUCCCUUCCGCCCCGCUUUCUUCCACUGCUCCUUCUUCUGCCUCUGCUUCUAGUCUUGCCGCUGAUGGUUCUGGUGGUGUAAGCGCUGAUACAGCACCGUCUUCUUCCCCAGUGACAGCUCAGCAGCCAGGGUUGACACCUCAGCAUAUGUCCGCCAUGCUCAACGCCAUCGCGCCAUGUGGCGCCCACGUGGAUAGAAUCCAUUGCGCCAGCAGCAGCAGCUGCAGCAGCGCCAGGGGCACGGGCACCAGACGCCAUGCUGCUGCUGCUGCUGCCCCCCUCUCACUACACCCACACUUCAGUAUCACACGCCACUCCCCAAUACAGUCCCACUCGUCACACUCGCACUGCGGCAUCACAGUCUCCCCCUCAGUCCAGUGGUGGCGGCAGCAGCAGCAGCAGCAGCAGGAGGGUUGA